AUGACUCAACUCAAUAACUCAAACGAGGACUCACUAAUGGACAUAGACAACCAAGGAGACCCGUUUCUUGCAUUCAUCGAUCGCGCUAGAUCCGUUUUAUCUCCUGUUGAAGAAGACGAAGAUGAAGAAACUUACAAUCCUAAUAGAAACGGAUCUGAUUCCACCGGACCGGGUUGGAGCUGGAUAGCGAGUCGGAUCCUCAAAACUUGUAUCGCUUACUCAAGUGGAGUCACUUCUGCUAUUCUCCUUUCAGAUCUCUCUCAAGCGUGGAGUGAGCAACGGAGGAGUAGCAUAUCGAAGAAGAGACCGGAAAUUAUCAAUCAGUUGAAGAAGAAACACAGGAGAAAUAAGUUAGCAAAUACUGUGACUAUUGAUUCUGUUUAUGAGAAGAAUUUUCUAUCUUUAAAUAGUGUUUUGGAAGCUGUUAUUGUCGAUGCUUUUGUUCUACCAGGGACAAAUAUCUAUAUGCUUACUUUAGGGGAUUUUUGGAGCUCCAAUACUAUCGACCUUUAUCUCCACCGAAGAUACUAUGAUUUAGUGGAUGCUCAUGGUGGAAUUUUGAAUAAAGGGAGGGAAGUUUUCCUCACAGGAUGCUAUCUUCGAACAGGCAAAGAAGGAGCUGGUUCUCCCCGACUUCUGCCAACGGAAUAUUUUGUGAUAUUGUUAGACGAUGAUCAGGAUGAUGAUGCUAUGCUGAUAGCAGCUCAGUUUUGUUCAGAUUCUUUCUCUUCCAUUUCGUUUAAUGAGGCAAGCAAUGGAGUUUCGUAUUCAUUAUAUGCAAGGAUCGAAUCUAUUCAGUCAAAGGAAAUUCAAGGAAUGUCUGGAACUGUACAGAGGAAAGAAAUUACUCUUGUUGAUAAUGAUGGUGUCAAAGUGGAAUUUCUCUUGUGGGGAGAGCAGGUUCUCCUUGCCAAUCUUUUCAGUGUUGGAAGUAUGCUUGCACUUGAUAGACCGUAUAUUGCAAGUUCUGCAGAGAGUGCUAUUGAAACAAGCCAUGAACUUUGUCUUGAAUAUGGUAGUGCAACACAAUUGUUUUUGGUGCCUUUCCUGCAACAUGAGGAACAGGUAUAUGUACCCUUGACACAGAACCGAUAUCAGGGCUCAAGACUGGUGAGUACGGUGGAUCCUACUCAGAGUCUUAAGGUUUCACAAGUGGCAUUGCCCCGUGAUUUUCAGGGAUCAAUUGACUUCAGCUGUUAUCCUUUUCAAUCAUUUGUAACUGACCUUCGUGACAAGAUGACUAGUGUCAGCCUCUAUGGUGUUGUAACAGACAUUUUCCAUGAAAGAAAUACUGCAGAAGUUAUUUUCUCCUUAAAAAUUGAAGACACAACUGGAGCAAUUUGGGCAAAGCUACAUUUUGCUAGAUCUUGGUCAUUCGGGAGGCUGGGUAUUGGUCACACAGUGUAUUUAUCUGGAUUGUCGUGCCAUCUGAAUAAACAUAAGUGCCUUGAAGCAACAUGGUAUGAGAAUGCAGCAGGGGCUCUCUUCGUAAACCUUAGUUGCUUGCCAGCAUUGCUGAACUCAUCUUGUCUUCAUAAGUUAUCGAGCCUCUCUGAUCUAUCCAGUGAAGCGAGUUGUACAUAUAUUUGUCGAGUUCGGCUUGACCAAGUUGAUCAAUGUCAUGUGAGUACAAGAUUUGCACAUUCUCGUUGUGGUCAUGUUGUUAACAAGAUGCCUAGUGGGGAUAUUGAAUGCAGCUUCUGUCAUUGUAAUUGUGAUGCUGAAGUUGUGCGCACAUUCCACCUGAAAAUCACUCUUGCAGACGAGACUGGAAAGAUGUUUGCUUGGUGUGUCAAUCAAACUGCCACGGAGUUGCUGCAGAUAUCCCCUGAUGAAUUCUAUGAUCUCCCUGAGGAUGAACAAUUUAUGUAUCCUUCAUCACUAGAGAAUGAGAGCUUCAUAGUUGCAUUAGUGAAUGGCAAGAGGCAGGGUUAUGGACUCACUCAGAGUAUAACCCAGGAGACCGAUGCAAUUCCGUGGGAGAUCACUCGUGCAUUAAGGUGUGAGUAG